AUGCCAAAGCAAAAUAAACACAACAAAAAAAGAGCAAGAUUAAGUGAAGCAAGUGAUUCCUCUAUGGCUAACUCAGAUAACGAUCUUCACAAACUAGAUGAAUUAUUAGAAAGUUUCUCGCAUGAUGAAGAAACUGCUAGAAAAGCUGUGAGCAUUAUCCUUAAUAAAGAAGUGAUAAAAAAUGUCAUCUCAGAAACAUUUGCUGAUAAAAUGAACAUUAUGCAAUCACAAAUAAACCAACUAGAGACACGUCUGGAUGAUUUAGAACAGUACUCAAGAAGAAACUGUCUAAAAUUAACUGGAAUUCCAGAAAAUAAAGAGGAAAAUAUCGAUGAAAUUGCAAUGAGGGUCAUUAAUAAACUCGUCCUAUCUCCAGAAAAUACUUCCAUUGGCUUUGACAAGAUUGGACGGACCCACCGUGUGGGCAGAUUUCCAGGUAAAACCAAUAAUGCGGCCGGACCCCAGCGACCACGGGACAUUAUUGUCCAGUUCCUAUCAUAUAGAGAUCGAGCCAUGGUAUACGCCCAUAGAAGUAAUCUUAAAACCUUCAAUGAUAAUGACGCAAACGGUUACAAAAUCUUCGUUAACGAGGCCCUUACGAAAAGAAGAAGUGACUUAUUGUUUCAGGCGAGGAAAUUCGCACGGGAACAGCUGAUUGACUCAGCAUGGACCUAUGACGGGCGAACGAUUGUAAAAACGCUGAAUGAUAAGAAAGUAACAAUUAACUGUCUCAGUGAUUUGCAAAAACUAACCGCCCCGAAGCCACAGACGUCCACACCAGCUCCCCAGUACGGGUAA